AGCUUUCAACUUUCAAUACACAGUUUUCUUGUCUGAGGAUGGCAUAAUCUCAAGUUCUCACUAUUUCUCUCUUUCGCUUAAACAAGUCUGCGUCGCGAUGGACCGCAUCCGGGAAUGGUUCGCUCCAACGACGGCGUACGAGCCGAUUCACGAGCAAGCCGACGGCGACGAGGACAGCAGAUUAGCCCCAGAAACACAACCAAGUCCACCGUUCUCUAGGGUUAUAUAUGCCGUGUUCUUUGUUUUGGGAGUGUCUAUGCUAUGGGCAUGGAACAUGUUCCUUGCCGCAGCGCCGUACUUUCACCACCGAUUUCAAUCCGAUCAGUGGGCAAGUAGUCAUUACCAAUCCUCGAUAUUAACGGUCUCAACGGUUACCAACCUGGCGUCGGUGUUUGCACUCGCCAAGAUACAGAAUGGCGCGUCAUACCCGAGACGGAUCGCAGUAUCCUUAUUGAUCAAUAUCGUUGUUUUCACAUUGCUAGCAUUUUCCACCAUCAUCCUCAAACAUGCCUCAAUACCGGUAUAUUUUGGAUUCUUGAUGAUUAUGGUGUCUGGGUCUGCCUUGGCGACCGGAAUCAACCAGAAUGGUGUAUUCGCCUACGUCUCGGGAUUCGGGAGGGAAGAAUAUACCCAGGCCAUCAUGAGCGGCCAAGGAGUGGCAGGCGUGCUGCCUAGUUUGGCGCAGAUUAUUUCUGUUCUGGCUGUCCCCGAAACAAAAGGCAAACAAAGCACAUCGGAAGAGUCGUGGAAAUCGGCCUUUGGGUAUUUCAUUACAGCAACCGCCGUGUCAGCAUUGACCCUGGUUGCUUUCCUCUGGCUGGCAAAGCGGCAGUCACAGCAUCUAUCGGAUGAUGAUGAUGAUCGCUCCGAGUCGAUUAACUCAGAGGGCACAUCCAACAAGAGUGUCAGCCUAUGGGUUCUUUUCUCAAAGCUCCGGCUCACAGCCCUGUCAAUCUUCCUCUGUUUCGUCGUGACCAUGAUGUUCCCCGUUUUUACCUCCAAGAUUGAAUCCGUCCACAACAGCCCCAAUGGAUCCCGGUUCUUCCAACCGGCCGUCUUCAUCCCACUAGCCUUCCUCGUCUGGAAUACAGGCGAUAUGGUGGGUAGGAUAUUGGUUUUGAUUCCGCGAUUCUCGCUGGCACAUCGUCCCUGGGCACUCGUAAUCUUCGCCAUUGCCCGCGCAGGUUUCAUCCCCCUCUAUUUCCUCUGCAAUAUCCGGGGCGAAGGCGCCGUUGUGCAGAGCGAUUUCUUCUAUCUUUUUAUCAUUCAGGGUAUUUUCGGCGCCACAAACGGAUACCUAGCUAGCUGCUGCAUGAUGGGUUUCGGCUCUUGGAUCUCUGCAGAGGAACGCGAGCCUGCUGGCGGCUUCAUGACCCUUAUGCUCGUAGGUGGGUUGGCGGCAGGAAGCUUGUUAAGUUUCUUUGCGGCAAAUGUAUAGAGAACACACAUAGUCAGGUAGUAUUAAGAUAGAGAUAUGUUUGUAUAAUUUGUUGACCUCAUAUAUUCACGAGCUAUGAAUGUUUGUUACCUUUUUAUUAUUUUUUU